UCCCAAUCACCAUCACGAUCACUCGAUCAGUGUGCAUAGCGCAACCUCCACGGCGCCACUGAAGAUCCAACGGCUAUAAUACUCUGUCCAGUUUUCGCCCCAGAGAGACAGCUUCCCAUAGCUUUCCUCUCUCUCUACUCGGCGUCCUUUUUUGAAUACUGCCCCUCCUGUGAACUCUUCUUGACGCGUAGUAUCCCACCCAACUCGACGUCAUAGAAACGAGAUGCUUUUCGGCAUCGGGAGCUCCGAUAAAUUUCUAGCUUUCUGCCCCGUUGUUCAACGCUAUUUGAGUAUUUUCUCUGCUUCUGAAUGGAUUUCUAGCUCUCAGGAGAAGAGAUAGCGGGAGAUUGCUCAAGGUGCAAGCUUGUAGAUCGAGGGUCUACUGAAAUCCAAAGAAGGAUGCUUCCAUCUGCUUCCAAUCCGAAGAGUACUUCGGUCAAAAUGUCCAUAGGGUCUUUUGUUUCACCUGAAUUCCAGGAUUCGGUACUUUCGAAGGUUGCUGAGUGGAAGCCCUUUUCGAAAUUCCAAUCGUUUCAAGAGAAACAAAGAUCAAUAGAAGUUUCUGAAACACAACUAGAUUUGGGCGAGCUCCAUGAGGAGCUCAGGAGGGCAAAUGAGGAGAGAUCCCUUGCUUUUGAAGAGUUUGUUAAAUUGAAACGGAUGAAUGGAAAAUCCAUGCAGGACAUAGAUAAGAUUAGGCUUAUAGAAUUACAAGCUGAAAAAGCAAUGGAAUCAGAAAGAAAAAUGCUUGAGUCCAUGAUUCAUCAGACCAAACAGCUUGAGCAAACAAAAAUUUCACUUGAAGAGGCAAAAUUAGAGGUAAGGAAUCUUCAAGAGAACAUAAGAAUGAUGCAGGAUUCAACAGGUAUAAACCGUCGAAGUUUAGAUGGCAAGGAAUCAUUAGAACCGGUUGUUACCCAAGAGGAGAUGAGGCAGCUUAGAAACGAUCUUAGGUUGGCACUGGAUGCAGAAGAGAAAAGCAAGAAAGCCAUGGAUGAUUUUGCAAUUGCACUCAAGGAAUUAAGUACUGAAGCAAACCAAGCAAAUUCUGAGCUUACCAUAAUACAAUCCGAGUUAGAGAAAACAAGAGAAGAAGCUAAAUGUGAUAAUUCUUUGCUAAAAAACACUGAGCAGAAGCUAGUUGAGGCUUUGGAAGUGUACAAUAGAAUGAAAUUGGAAUAUGAGAAAUCUGUUGUUGCUUGGAUGGAUAAAGAGGAAAAUAUGGUGAACAGAAUAAGGAUUUCUGAAGAACAGCUCACCAAGGAGAAGCAAGAGAACAGUCGGAUGACUAAUGCUUGGAAGAAUGCAAGAGAAGAGAAUACUAAGCUGCGAGAAAUAAUCAAGCAAGCAGUGAAUGAGGCUACCAUGGUAAAGGAAGCCCUGGAGAAUGCCCGAAAUGAGAAUUCUCAGCUCAAGAACCAGCUCUUUGAGAAGGAAAAUGCAUUGCAGCAAAUAAGGCAUGAUUACGAUAGCCUAAAAGUCAGUGAAGUUGCUGCUCUUGAUUGUGUGAGGGAGCUGAAAAGCUUACUUGCAUCAUCUUCGACUACAGGUUCAAACAAGACCUCAAAAUCCUCAGAGAUUGGAUCAUUUCGACUUUCAAAAACAACAAUUCAUGGUGCAAAGAUGAAUAAGUGUUUGAAAAUUUUCCCUUCUGAGAAGUGGAAACCUGAUUACCAUCCUGUUAGCAAUAUCCGCAGGCGAUCCAUGGCAGAGUCAGCGACCUUCAAGGGUUCUAUUUUGGAUAAGGACCAACCACAUGAAACAAAGAAAAUGAUGCGUACUUCAAGUAGCGAUAUCUUCGAUAUUCGAACUCCAUUGUUCGAAGUUGAGAGGGGAAACAUAAGCUUAGACAAGCCUGAUGAUUUAGAAGGGCUACAAUCCUCUGAUACAGGCAAAGAGAGCCAGAAAAAGAAGAAGACAGUUUUGCGAAGACUUGGAGAUACAUUGAGGAGGAGAAGCAUUGGGUACUAGUCAUACACUCAAAUUAACAAAUUUGGUUGAAAUUCAUGUUUAACUUUUCUUGUGUUGAUCAUCUUUUAUACUUUGUGUUAUUAUGAAUUUACAAUGUAAAACAAAGACAUGUUUGUUGUAUGCUUUGCAAGUUGAGAGAUGUGUUCAUAAAUUAUAUGAGCUCCUUCUAUGUUGGAGUUACAGAGCCAUUUCCAUGGCCAACCCACUUCAUGAUACCUACCCUCACGCCAGAGCCGACCUAUUGGUUGUUUAAUUUACUGUUUUAUUCAUAUAUAUAUACCUGUAAGUUUCUAAGUUGCUGUAAUUUGCCUAUUUUUUAAUUACAUUACCAGUUAGUCAUGA